AUGUUUUGGCUCUUGCUUAUGAGUUACUUAUAUAAUUCGCUUCUGAUGGAUGAUCGUAACGUUCAGCAACAGAGGCCGUAUUCCACACCAGGUGCUCUAAUGUCUCAAGAUCGAAAGGAAAAUGACGAACAUUCAUCUUAUCCGCAUUAUCCAUCGAAAACCGAUAGUGGAUUGUAUCCUGUCACGAACACCGUCACUGUAAAGUGUAGCCCAAGCACAGCUGGGAAUCCUUACAGUUCUGUCGACCAUACCGGCGAAACUCUUGCAGAUAUCGAACGAUUGGCAAAUAUUGAACGGACUAUUGAAGCGGUUUCAAAAGCAGAGCAGUUUAACGAUAACUCAUAUCAUCAAAAUGGUGAUGAUUCAACUAAUAUCGAUGUAAAACCGGGAACUAGUUGCCCACCAAUUGUGGGCUCAAAGAGACGACAGUUCGUAGGAAAGAAAGUUCGAGCGAUCUCUAUACGUAAUCCUCGACUAGGAUUGGUUGUACAGAAGAAAAUCAGUGAUUGUGUUUUUGAAGCUUCAAUGGAACUUCUGGAAAUUGAUGUGAGUUUACUAAUUUGGAUUUUGUUAUUGCGAAUUAUUUUACAAGGAAAUCAUUCAUCAGUGUUCAAAUAUCAUGAAGAAAAUUCGCAUCCAGAAGUGACGCAAAAUAAUCACAUGAAUUAUUCGGUUAACUGA